AUGAGAUCUCACGGACAACAAAUCUCUGACCGUUUGACCGUUGAAGUCGAUUGCCACUCUCUCGGCCCCAGCGAAUGCCCCUCGAUGACAUCGAGCUUCUCGCCUUUGGACUCGCCUACUCCUACGCCUACCAGCAUCUACAGCCAAGGCUCAAUGGCUUCCCCCGGAUGGCACGAGCCCUCGCAAUAUCACCACAGCAUGCCAAUGGAGCGCCGGACUUCCCAGACUCCUUUGCGCAGCGCCUUCAGAAUGGCCGACCUCACCUCCAACGAGGGCAUGAUGAACAUGCCUUGUGGCAACAUGGACCGGCCAGAUCAAAUGGCACUUCCUGAGUACCUACCUGGAUACGAAGAAAACGUCGACCAGCUUUGGCUUCAACAGGACGUUCCCAAGACCUACCAAGAGUCUCAGUUCCCCUACCAGGCUCAGAUGCCUCAGUACAACCAAAUGGCUCGCAACUACUACCACCGACCUCAGCAGGCUGGAUACCUGCCAGAGUCCGCCUCUAAUCCUUGUCUCUCUCGCCCUAUCUUCAACCAACCCACUGAGCGGAUGCCGAACUCCGCCUCAAUGACCAACAUGUUCCACUUCAUGCCUUCACAGGAGUCCUUGGUACCUCAGACCAUCACUCCGUCCCAGGCUUUCCCUGCCGGUCCUAUGACGCCGCCACCUUCUUCAUACUCCGAGUUCCCCACCAACAUCCCUACUUUCAAGACCCACACUCCUUCCACCCCUCACCGCUCUGUUUCCAUGGGCACCCCUUCUGGCUCUGAUACUCCCGUCAGCCGCAUGUCCCACGGCGAGUACCAGGACGAGUUCCCUCUCUCUCCUGUCUACCGCGAUGGCUUGAUGCAGCGUCAUCGCCAGCCUUCUCGCAAACCUUCUAAGAAACAACUCCUUCGAUCCACCCUCAGCCUCGAGAACCUGCCGCCGAUCAUUAAGCAGGUGCAGUUCAAGUGCAAGGAGCCUGGCUGCAAGGGUCGUUUCAAGCGCCAGGAACAUCUCAAGAGGCACAUGAAGAGCCACUCCAAGGAGAAGCCUCAUGUCUGCUGGGUCCCUGGCUGCCACCGUGCAUUCUCUCGCAGCGACAACUUGAACGCCCACUACACCAAGACCCACAGCAAGCGUGGCGGUCGUAAUCGCUAUGUUGCAACCCUUGAUGAAACCAGCCAAGACUUCGACCCUGACUUCCGUGGUCAAUUGACCCCUGACGGUCGUCCUAUCUACGGCAGCAAGCUUGAAGAUUCCAUGCCCGAUUGCGGCGAGCUCAGCGUUGAUGGCUGGGAUGAUUAG